AUCAGCUGUGAUGUCUGUCCCGAUCAGCUCGAAUCCAACUGACACGCACCGCAUAAUCUGUCGGACUAUCGAUGAGUGGCUUGACCUCUAUGGAAUGAGCCCCCCUAAGCCGAAUCGCGUCCGUGCUUUCGAUAAAGUACCACCAACACUCCAGCCCCUUGCAGAUGACCCUCACCGUUGUCUCUUUGAACGACAAUGCCAGGGGUAUAACGAUAGAGCUAGUCAAAGCAUUGACAGUGUGGCCAAGGUGAUACAAUCACACAACAUGCACGAAAUACAAUCUCUCGAGGUUUCGGAGAAUUGAAAGGAUGCUGUCUCAAAUGAGUCUAUGAACGCUACGACAGCGCUGUUACGGACAGUGCUGUGUCAGCAUGUAGACAGGGUGCACAGUGCGUGGCCCAGCAUCCCUGUACUAUUGUAUAGGCCGAGGUCACAUUUUGCGACUAUACCUUAUCCAAAGCCAAAUCUAACUCUCCACGAGUUGCAGGAUUCGCACAUGACUUUGUACAGUGUUGAGUGGACCAUCUUCAAGAUUUUGUGCAAGGGAAAUGGUGGCGUGACCGGAUACAGCGCGUUCGGCCCAAAACUUGUCUAUGAUGCUCUCUUACCAACAAUCUAUCAUCAGAUUCAAGGCUGCAGAGUAUUCAGGUCUGUUGUAGGAGUAUUUUGUGAACACAACCUUACGAUGUCGUCUUCAGGUCAGCUCCUACUGUAUUUCCAUCUUACUCCGCCGAUUAUGGCUCUUCUGUCUGUCUUGACGUUGUCUGUCAACCCUCAGUGAACAACCAUCUCAACCAUCUCCCUGAUGGAUAUGUACCGAUCCUAUUUGCCGCUCAUCAUAUCGAUACUCCAUGCAUUUGAAAUAUCAGAGAUAUCGUACGUU